AUGAGCAAGAUUCAGAUCAUGCGUCAGGAAGCAAUUUACGAAUUGUAUAGCGGUGAAGUUGAACUUGUGCAGGAUCUCAAAACUUUAAAAGAGGCAUGUAGCAGUAUGGUAUAUUAUAAUCCAAUGCAUACGCUCAAAAUCCUGAAACCUAAUGAAUUGCAAGAAAUAUUUGGUAACAUUCAUGAGAUUACUCCAUUACAUGAAGAUCUAGUUCAGAAGAUUAUGGAACUACAGCAAGCUAACGGCUCUGUAAAUUCUAUAGGGACGACAUUAAUUGUUUGGUUUCCUAAGCUGCUUCCAUAUCUUGAUUACUGUGCCAAUCUGUUUACGGCCAAGUUAGCCUUAGAAGAAAAAAGGCGCGACAAACAAGUUGCUGAUUUUCUAGAGAGGUGUAAACAAUCUCCAUUUAGCCGCAAGUUAGACGUUUGGGACUUUUUAGAUAAACCUCGCAGCAGAUUGAUGAAAUACUCCCUUCUGCUUAAGAAUAUUACAAAAUUGACAUCAACUGAGCAUCCUGACUAUAGUUACCUUCUAAAUGCGACUUCCUCUAUUGAAAAUUUCGUGUCGAAAGUCGAUAUUAAAGCUGGAAUGGCUAAGUGUUCCUUUAUCCAGAGUAAACUCUUCUAUGUGACUGAUGAUCAGCAUAUCCCACUAAUUGAUGAAUCACGGUUGUUGCUAUGCAGUGGCAUUGUUAAAAAUAAAGCAGGAACGAAACUACAUAUAUUUCUAUUUGAAAAAGUGCUGGUACUCUGUCGACAAGCUACAAGAAAUGAAGUUUUUAUGUAUCAAGUUCACCGACAUCCAAUACCAGUCGCUUCUCUGGCAGUAGAAGAUGUACCUGACGAAAAUAUUCGAACCAAUUCCUUGAGGGGAUCGUUUAAGGAUGCUCUUUCCGGCAAGAAUUUUAUUCGUGUUAGCAAUACAAGUUCUAAGAGGUUGCAGUAUCUACUUCAAGUCAAUGACGAACACGACAAGAAACAGUGGCUGAAUGAAUUAAACCAAGCCGUGAGCCGACAUUCUCAUGCUAUUAAUGUCUAA